AACAGAGUUCCGGUACGGAACUAGCGUGACAACCAUUUUCAUCGAACGUUUUGGUCUAGUGAGUUUUUUUUAUGCUAAUACACCUUAACUAUAAAUGUGGAUAAACUAAAAAUAUGACAAUUAUCUUAUUUAUACUUUUAAUUUUAUAAUUUGUAAUAUCGUUUGGGUUUGCAAAGAAUUUAUUAUUUAAUAUGGCGGCUUCAAAAUUACUGCAGUAUAUUAUGUAAUAACCUCCGUUAAUGUAAUUGUUACAGCAUGUCCAGAUUAUAGACAGGAGCUCACUGUUGAUUCGUUUAUAUUUUUGUUAAAAUGCUUGAAGUUACUGUGAAAACUUUGGAUGGGAAAAACAAAAAAUUCUCUGUUCCUGAUGAGUAUACCAUUGAGGAAUUCAAGAAAAAGAUUGCAAGUGGAAUAGAAAUUGCUCCCGAGAGGCAGCGUCUAAUCUUUCAAGGAAAAAUUUUACAUAAUGAAAAAAGACUACAAGAUUUUGACAUAAAUGGGAAAGUCAUACACGUUGUCCAAAGUCAAGCUCCACCGCCUGAGAGUUCUACCUCCGAAAGUGCAAGCUCGUCCAACAGGCAAGAUAGACGAAAUAGAAGCCAUCCAAAUGGAAAUGUUCGCGUAUUGGAUGCCUCCACUAUGCAUGAAAUGAUGCAAAACAUCUUUUCAGGAAAUGUGGAUGGCUCUAGAAAUAUUUUCAGAUCUAACGAUGGAAAUCAAGUUGAUGUUCAUGUUAACAUGAGAGUCGUAGAUACUCCACCAGUGAGAAGCGAAGCUUGGGGCAGGCUGCAAGUUGUUAAAAGAAACUUACGAACUGUAACAGCAGUUGUAGAUAGAUUAGAUGACCCAAAUAUAACGGUAGAAGAUCUAGAGCGAGUAGAAGCUCUCACUAUGGCAGAAGAAUUGCAACGAGAGCGUGAAGAAGAUGAAGCAGCAAAUAGACGGAGAGAAGAAGUAUCAGAACCGAGAGAAGAACUGCCAGAGAAUCCCCCAUUGUCGGAGGUAGCCGACGUUCUCGAUGCGAUGCUGGCUGCUCAGUUUCGAUUAAGACCUCAUGUAGAACGAUAUAGAGAUCUCCUUAGGUCUGACAUGGCAUAUGAAAACCCCGACGAAGCCAGGAGAGUACAAGCGCUCACCAACCUCGUCAAUGAGUCUCUUCACGGAUUAAGCCAUGCCUUGCACUCUCUAACCGACCUUAUGGUGAACGUUGAUUCAGCACCUCCACGAGUAGCUCGUGCAACAGCACAACCAGUUCAACCAGUUGCUGCAACAGUUAUUCAACAAACUAUACCGGUAUCAGCUAGCAUAAAUCUUGUUGCAGGAAGGCAAACAUCAACUACGACUCCGACAACUCAAACACCGGUUACAUCUAGUUCAUCAGAGGGGCAGACGCCUACCCCUACCACAGCAACCAGCUCCACUACUCGUAAUCAACCCUUUGUUACUUACUCCGUUGGUCAACCUACUUUUGCUGUUGGUAGUAUGUCAUCUCCACCCACAGGGACUUCGGGUACAAGCAGUACUGCCGGAACAGCAACCAGUAACCCUUCCCCUCAAUUACCUGCAUUCUUUCAAAAUAUACUUCGUGGAGUUGGCAUACCAAGAGGCCAAGCAGGAACCAGACAAGCAACAUCGAGAAUACCACAAGCACCACCUACUCGCAGUGCUGGAACUUCGGGAACAACCGCUCCCAAUGUUAGCAAUGCUCCAGAAGACGCCAACUCAAAUCUUCAAACUGGUCUGCAAAGAGCCAGCAGAUUAGUAGAUCGAUAUUUACCGUGCUAUUCAAGAUUUUUCCGAUUAGCACAAGUUCGAGCCAGUGCUGAGCAGAAUGAAGCCAGCGCCCAAAGUACGACAGAAGAUGAUAUUUUUAGUCAAAUAAUUCAAGGAGUAGCAGGAAGUGGUGGGUUGCGCGGGGGUAAUAUUCGUCUUGCAUCUCGCGGAACAAAUACUCGUGGAGAAACUACAAAUAACGCUGGAACAACAACUGGACAAAGUAGGCCAAACCCAACAGGAGGAACAUCGUCAACUGCCAACGAAGUGAGAAGUGGUUCGUCAUCUUCCAGUACAGCGCAAAUGCUGUCUCAGAUAACCCAAAUUAUGCAUGAACAGCUGAAUUCCUCCCGUCAGGAAAUGACGCCGAUAGCCCAACUUUUGAGCGUAGUUGGACAAGAUACUUUUGAAAGUAGAGGUGAAAACACUUUUGUUGACAUGUUUAACAUUUUGCUUCAAAACCUGGGCCUUGUGGAUUUGGUUGGGUUGGUUCAAGGCCAACAUGAGUGUUUGAACCGUGUUCGAUCACACUGGAGGGUAUAUGCUCAAGAGCAGAUAUUACAGAAUGAGCCACCAACUGAGGCUAAUAUGACAAACGCCAUAAAUCGUAUUUUGAAUGAAUUAUCUGAAAUAACUCACUCAAUUGAUACAACUGAGGUCCAUAUUCGAGAUGAAAUUGAUUUUCCGGCCUCUCUACGAGGGUUGACUAGACAUCAUUUGGAAGAGAUGCUUAAAAUUAUUUUAAGUGACGCAGAAAAUGAAAAUCCCAGUUACGGAAAUAUCGUAGGAAAUGCUUUUACUGCUUACGCUCGGCGCCUUAUGACAAUAUGUCGUCAUUCUUCAGCCGAUGAUGCCAGUUUCCAUAAUUUAAUACGCCAACAGGUUACAUCAAUUUUUGCUUCCGGAGUGGACGCUUCAAUGCGAGAUAUGAUGUCAACUAUGGCCACAAUGCAAAUUAAUCAGAUUAUGGCCAAUUCUACUGUUCCAGAAGAAGAAAUUAGGCAAUUUGUAGUAACUAAAACAGACACAGAUGAAUAUAUGAGUUGUGGAGAAGAAGAAGUACAACCAACUGCUAGUUCGUCAAAUGCAAUAAACGAUAAAAUGGACACGGAGCAAUCAACCACAAGGCAACCUCAAACUUUAGCUCCAAUGCCUAGCCCGCCACCACCACCACCACCACCACCACCUCCUCAGUCCUCUAACGAAGAACACAUUAAUAUCGCUUAUGGCUCAGAAGAAUGGCAUUCUCUUGUCGACCGUGAAUGGGUCGAUGUUAUUCAUCGAGAUACUAUAAGGCAAGAGUGUCAGUCACAUGCUACAUCGAAUCAUUUGAGUGACGCAUAUAUAUCCACUAUGCCGUCAAAAAGGAGAAAAAUAGUUGAAAAACAUAAGGAGGACAUGAGAAAACGAUUGUGUAAUGGUCAGAGUCACGUGCGAUUAUUAACGAAUACGCUAGAAACUACUAUUGAAGAGUCAACUCGACGUCCAAUAACAUCUAUUCAGUCUCUGAUGAAUGAUAUCUGCGAAGAUGGUAGUUUAGUUGAAGCCUUCGAAGAAGAUAUAAAAGAACGAUUAAAUGAUCGAUUGGAAAAAGAUACGGAUUUCGAUGGUAGCAGUUUUCCAAAUUCUGAAAAAUGCUUUCGUUCCAAAAAUAGUAACUGA